AUGUGCAAGGACCCCUUCUUCCGAGACUAUUGCAGCGGCUCGAGCCGGUACUGCUCCUCUGCCCUGAACCGGCCCUCGGCCAACCUCCCAGAUAUACAGGCCAUCGGGAUUCUCUCGCUCUACCAGAUUACCUGCGGGCGCGAGGCCGAAGCUCAAGCGCUUGCCGACUCCUUUGCCGCUAGGAUAGUCAAUCUUUGUCCUCAAGAGCCCCUGAUGGGCUCCGAGGCCGAGAAAUAUGCCAAAGUUUGGGCUACUUCGUACCGCGGCGCCGUGUCCCUGAUUCGCAUACUUCGUCUCACGACGGGCCAAGUCUUCACCAUGUCUACGAGUUGCAAGCUACAAGACGACUCAAUAUUUCUAGACCAAUCCGCCUGCAGUGCCGAGUACCUGUUUGGCGGCCAGUGCGGCAGCGGAACUACACCAGACCCUGCCCUGAAAGCACGCGGCUCGCAACUGCGCAAUCUACAGCUCAUUCCAGCAAGAGUCUUCCAGCUCACGGAAUGGGUGUACAAGCUCCUCUCAUCAGCAACCCAUACCCCAAACGGACGAUUCGACACAGCCGAGGUCAUGGCAGUGUAUACCGAGUGUCUCGAUUGCAUGUACUAUCAGUUCUGCCUACUCUGCCUGUUCCGCCCUCUCGCCAACCUUGUCCUGGCUGAUUCCGACGUCCGACCCCGCGAAAUCUGUCUCCAGGCUGCGGACUCUAUCCUCACCCUGUCGCAGUCCUACAGCAGGCUCUUCACCCUUAGACGCGUCUCCCCAUUCGUCCCCUAUUUUUUGUCCUUGGCGACCAUCUCGGAUGUUUCAAGCGUGGACGGCUUUAGCACCUAUCAAGACGUGUCCCCCUCCCCGACUGCCGCCAAAGUGCCCAUAAUGGCCCACGCGAGCCAAUUGCUGGCAGAGAUGAGCUCCAACCGUCGAAUGGCCUCAUCCAUAGAGAAGAUGCUUCGAGGAUAUCUUACCGAGUUAUGGUGA